AUGCAAUACGGAAGUAAGCGGGAAGGACUGAACAUCAGCAUCAAGGAAGAAGACAUGGAAUGGGCAAAGAGAGGUUUCAUUGGUUGUCUUAGGAAUGAGGAGGAUGUUAGAUCCAUCAACCAAAAAUUAAUCAACGAAGGAAUUGUUACAUUAAAAGCAAUUCCAAUGGGGGGAGAAAAAGUGUUCAUCAAAAUAGGCGAAGACGAAGAUUUAUGUUCUCUAAAAAAAGAUUAUGAUUCCGUGCUCAAUCAAAUGUUUUCAGUGAUUAGAAAAUGGGAAACGCGGGAUGUCGGAGGGGCAAGAUAUAUGUGGUGUAGAAUGAUCGGGGUUCCCAUUCAUGCUUGGAGAAGGAACGUUUUUUCUAUAUUGUCAAACUCAAUUGGCAGAUUCAUUAAACUAGAUCCAGUGACAGAAGAUUUACAGAGAUUGGAUGUGGCUAGGGUUUAUGUUAGAACGCCAUACACAGACUUCAUCAACAAGAUGGUAAACAUCCAGAUCAAUAAUGAACACUUCAGAAUUAGAAUAACUGAGGAGAUCUGCGAAUGUGCAUAUAGGGAAAAUGAAAGGAAUAAUUUGGAAUGGAGCAAUCAAGAUUCAGAGGACGACGAUGAAGAUUCUGACUCUUCAUUCAUCCCACCUUCUUUGGUGGCCUCGGAAGAAGACGAAGAUAGAGAGAGAAUGUUGAUCAUUGGUGAUAAUCUCUUGAGACACUCAAAAUUAAUUGAGGAUGAGAGGCUCGAGAAUAAACAAACUUCAAAAAGGCGUGAAGAGUUGAUACAGGAAGUUAAUAAUGAUGGAGAGGGAGAAGAUGCAGACAUAGAUGGCAAUCAUGACGCGGUAGUGCAAGAAAUACACGGCAAAAUCAACAAACCCCACACACCAAGUCAAAACGGAUUUAAAACUCUGGAGGUGGAAAAAGAAUUUAGGGGGCCCACCAUAAAUGGAGCGGGUGAUAAUAUCAUGGCUGAGUUUAAUAUGCCCAUGAGAAAUAGUCAAGCCAAAAGCCCAACCCAAGACACUAGCCUAAAUUUAACAGGAGACCAAAACAUAGAUCCGGCCCAGUUGACAGUACUGAACAAGGCAGCAGCAACGAGUAUUCUGGAGCCUCCGAAUCCAAAAGCCACCUCUGAAGCUCACGUAGCGGAAUCUUCGAGAAGAGGCGAGGAGAGACAUCGCAGAGGCAAGGAACAUGUAAAUGUCAACCAAGAACAAAAUGAAUCAAACACAAGCAAAGACAGAAGAAGAAGAAGGAGGGACAUUCUCAGAGAAAAGAAAAAAAUGUGGAUUAAGAGGAAAAAAGAGAAGAAUCAGAGAUGCUCCUGCAAGCACAAGAAAGGACUACAAAAACAAGUACGAAGUGCUGAUGAGUCAGAUUUAAUAGGGGAUGAAGCAGAUAGAGAUAAUUGGAGAUUAAUUCACGGGGAUGCAAGAGAAAUUGCAAAGGAUGUUUGGGAUUUAGGCAAAGACUUUGGAUUGAUUCACAAGGGAGAAGAAGGCGAACUAGUUCAAGAAUUGAUAUCUGGGGUAAGAAAGGGGGCGGAGGCAGACCAAGUCUGA